UUGAAGUUUUCACAUAGUAAUAUUGUUUUUAUUCUGUGACAGACAGAAACAAAAAGUACAUAUCCUAUCACCUACCGGCAUGGUGUAUGUGUAUAUAUUAGCCUCAUUUACCGCGUCUUUGCUUCAAAGUUGUGAACUGUGCAGUGGAUAUCUGGAAAACUUUUGCUUUUUCAUAAUGGAAAAAUUCAAUGUUCGUCUUCUCCUGGUUUUCUGUUCUCUUUCUUUGUUUGACGGAGGAAUAGCCAGAGCUGUCAAAUCCCAAGGUGGAUCAGAAGAAUGGGGUUAUGUUGAAGUGAGACCAAAAGCACACUUGUUUUGGUGGCUUUAUGAAAGUCCUUACAGAGUUGAACAGCCUUCCAAGCCAUGGCCAAUCAUUUUAUGGAUACAGGGUGGACCUGGUGCCUCAGGGGUUGGAAUUGGAAAUUUUGAGGAGAUUGGGCCAUUAGACACAAACUUGAAGCCAAGGAAUUCUACUUGGUUAAAAAAAGCUGAUCUUUUAUUUGUGGACAAUCCAGUUGGAACUGGAUACAGCUAUGUGGAGGAUGCAGAGUUGUUUGUGAAAACUGAUGAUGAGGCAGCAACUGAUUUAACUACUUUAUUGAUUCAAUUAUUUAAUACAAAUGAAAGCCUCCAAAAGAGUCCUCUGUACCUUGUGGCAGAGUCGUAUGGAGGAAAAUUUGCUGUCACUGCUGGAUUAUCAAUUCUGAAAUCCAUUGAAGCUGGAAAAUUGAAGCUAAAACUUGGAGGAGUUGCAUUGGGAAAUAGUUGGAUCUCACCGGAGGAUUUUGUGUUUUCUUGGGGGCCUCUUCUUAAGGAUGUUUCAAGGCUGGAUAACAAUGGUCUGGAAAUAUCAAACAGCCUGGCUGAGAAGAUUAGCCAGCAACUCAAAGAUGGUCAAUAUACUGAAGCAACAAAUACAUGGCUUCAACUUGAGACCGUAAUUGGUGACAACAGCAAUCAAGUGGACUUCUACAAUUUCCUUCUGGAUUCAGGAAUGGGUCCAGUAGCUUUAACAGGUUCAGCUUUCUCCAAUGGGAAUUUUGCAGUGAACAGAUACUCAAGAUAUCUGAAUUCCUUGAGGUUUGCUGCUGGAAAUAAUGAGGGUAAUCUUGAUAGUUUGAUGAAUGGUGUCAUCAAGAAGAAGCUUAAGAUCAUCCCAGCUAAUGUGUCAUGGGGAGGGCAGUCAAGUUAUGUUUUCUCAUAUUUAGAAGGUGAUUUUAUGAAGCCAAGGAUUGCUGAGGUUGAUGAGCUGCUUUCUAAAGGAGUCAAUGUCACGGUCUACAAUGGGCAACUUGAUGUAAUUUGUGCAACAAAGGGAGUUGAAGCCUGGGUUGAUAAGCUCAGGUGGGAAGGACUCAAAGAUUUUCUAAGCAAGAAAAGAACUCCUCUUUACUGUAAAGACGAUCAAGCUACCAAAGGCUUCAUCAAAUCAUACAAAAACCUGCAAUUUUAUUGGAUUCUUGAGGCAGGACACUUUGUACCGGCGGAGCAGCCCUGUGUAUCAUUAAACAUGGCUGGUGCAAUCACACAGUCGCCAGCUGCAGAAGCUUCUUAAGUAUUAAAAAGGAAAAUGACAUUUCAAUAAAACAAACAACAAGGAAACAGAGGUUUGCUUAUCUUCAGAAAUAGUUCAGAAGCUGAGACCACACGAAAAGCAAUUAUUGCACAGAGAGAGAAGAUUAUCGAUGAAGAGGAAAGCUAGCUAUCUGCUCCAGGUUGUACUUUUUUAUGAUCACGUUCACAGGGUAAGAGAAAGAAUACAAGUAGGUUAUUGGUUUUUUAGAACAUUGCAAAUGAAAAAUCGAAGAAGGGAAGAAAAAAAUUUUAACCAACAAAAGCUGAGAUCCAUGGUUUUUGUUCCUUUGGUUGUCACACCCAACAUUAAAAGGUUGGGACAUUAUAGUAUAGGUUUGAAAAUCUUUAAUUUCUAAGACCCAAACUUCAAUGCACAACUGUAAGAGAUAAUGAGACAAUAUAAAUGGCAUUUCAGCAAUAAGGCCGUUUGAUAUUGUGAUCACAAUUGUCAAAUUUGAUCACAAUAAAACGCAAAAAUAUGAUUAAAAACUGCAAUAGCUUGUAGGUGUCUAUAAAUGUAAUUUAAAGUAAUUGCAAUUGCAAUGCCAAAUUUUAGACUAAAAAUAAUUGCUAAUCAACAAAUAAAUAACAAAAUCCUCAUUGAGAAACAAAUCCUCAAAUAAACAACAAAUUCCUUUUUUUUUAAAUGGGAUCAUGAAUUUUGACUGAGUAAAUCUUUGAGUGUUGUAGUGCUUUUUACUGGGUCCCAAGAAAUACCCAAAGCCCCACAAAAAAGGGUCACCAGGGGCGGCCAGAGUUGCUGUUGACGGAAGACUAGCAGGGGGUAAAAACA